AUGACAGCCUCUUCGCCUCUGGCGGCCAUGCACCGCCCAAUGCCGACUCCCACAUGGAGAGGCCGAGACAUCUUCCGCUCUCAUUACGCCAGCAACUCUGCUCCGGGGUCGAUGAGUCUUCGUGAGCAACUUCACAAAGGCACCGGAGAUUUGCUCAGCGUUAAAGAAGUCCGAGGGUCAUCUCCUGCUGUGAGCUUGGCCGCCGAUCUGUCCCAGAACUUCCGGCUUGACAAUGAAGCAAGUCCCAAGUUCCCAACUCCUCGACGAGCUCUUUUCACGGCUAAUGUAGUUGGCGACACCGGCGACAAUGACUUUGUGACAACUCCUACUUUACUGUCUUCUUCGCCUGUUCAGCUUACCGAGAUGACCCCUCUCCCUCGUAAGGUGACCUUUGCCGCCGUGGUUGAGGUUGCCACGCCUACACCCAUCCCAUCCACUGCCAAUGACGCCGCCAUGCCAGACUCUUCGGCCCCCAAUUCCCCUCAAUCGUCUCCGGAGCCAACGAGGUCUCUCUCGCGACAAUCAAUAGCAGCCCCAAGGCGGACGACUCCUAUUCGACUCAAGGCGCUUGCCAACAGCACCGGCUCCCCUGCCUCCCCGAGCCCAUCAAUUCAAGUAUCAGCUAAUAACUCAACUUUGUCUCUCGAUGAGUGCUUCGACUCAGAAUCCCCGCCGCAGGACCGCAGCAGGCCUUUGUCAUCGCAGAGCCCUUGCUCUCCCAUCCCCAUUGGCCUUCGUUCAAGAUCUCAAUUUGGAAGUAUCGGGGGGAAUAGUCGCCUUGGCUCGCCGGGUAAUUUCCAUGCUAGGAGACAGUCGAAUCCCUUUUUGAGAACCCGAAAGCAAUUUCGCAGGUCUUUGAGCAUGUUUGAAAGCCCUACCGAUAUCAUGAAGCCGAAGCCUGAGAGAGGACUUGCUGCUUCUCCUAUCCUAAAAUCUGUGACUGAUGUCGAAGAGGCCCAUGAGCCCAUCAUCCCUCAUUUUCUUCCUGAUGAUCCUACAGAUACGAUACCUCGAAUCACAAGAGAGACGAUGCUAGAAAUAUUGGAUGGAAAAUAUAGCGAAAAGUUUGCUCAGCGGAUGGUCAUUGAUUGCCGCUUUGAGUACGAGUAUGAUGGCGGCCACAUCGAUGGUGCUGUCAACCACAACAAUAAAGAGCUGCUGGCCGACCAACUCUUUCAGACGCCCAUGGACGACAUGACUUUACUAAUCUUUCACUGUGAAUAUUCGGCCCAUCGGGCCCCUCUAAUGGCGCGUCAUAUCCGAUCUCAAGACCGUACCAUCAACGCAGAGCAUUACCCCCGCCUGACCUAUCCCGAAAUAUACAUCCUGGAUGGCGGCUACAGCGGUUUCUUUGCUGAACACCGAGCAAGGUGUUUCCCGCCGGAAUACGUCGAGAUGUCUGAUGAAAAGCAUCAACGUACUUGCGAGAGAGAAAUGGGGCGCUUAAAGGCUCGCAAGCCUUUUGGGCGCGCACAAACCUUUGCAUUUGGCCAACGGGAAACAUAUCUACACGAUUCUCCCACUGGCCCCCCUCGCCCUCACUCGCGGAACGCCAAUGUCUCUUCCCCUCUCUCUAUCCCCGAUUCGCCCAUAUUUGGUGAGCGAACAGGGACUCGGCGCAUGGUUUCUUAUUAGUAUUAACCUACUUGGCGCACAUUCACAUAAAAGUUCUGGCUUGCGAUCUAUAUCGCCACGCCCACUUUUCCUUUUAUUGGUUGAUGAACUCACUGGAAAUUUUAAUGUUUGACGACAAAAAGUUACGUUUGGCUUAUGACGAUGCAUUGAGUUUUAAUGCCAAAAUUACGAAGAGUCCAUUGACAGAUUCUUUCAUGAGCUCCCUAUGUCUUCAGUCGGUAUUGCUUAUUUCUUCACGCUGUUUGGCCGCUCAGAGACUACCGUUUCUUGUCUCAUUGUCUGUCUUUUUAAAGAUAAUGUUUUGUCAGAUAAUCAGCAUGCUGGCAAACAGAAUCUGGGAGGCCUUCCAAAGGUCACUAGAACGCUUUAGUCACAUGGAUCUUGCUUCAAUGCCAGGACUGCAAGAUAUCUCAUCCUUGGACUUGACCAUCUCUAUCGAUGAAGAACUCACAUCGAGCACUGGACACUACUACGGAACACUUGCUCGUGCUCUUUUCCUGGCUUUUUCAUUUAUUCAUAUUUUUCCCUUGUCAGAAAUGAACGCCCCAGCAUGCACCCUUUUACUUUUAUACCCAUGGGGAAUGCCUUUCAAUUCUUUCGUCUUCCAUGUUCAUACUUUCACUACAGGAGGCGAUGAUCAUCCCUCUGCUCAUUGUAAUGAGCCAUAGAGCGCGACUAAGCGGACGGCGCUUGUGUUUUCAUCUUGUAAAAACUAGUUAGACAGUGAGAGAUGUUGCCUAGGAAGUUUUUUUUGGCUGUACAUUACGCUAUGAGAGAACAUAGAUGCCUCAGCUAGCUUAUAAACGCAUUUU